AUGAGAAAGAUUUCAAAACCUCCAUUUUCAUUCUUGCAGCCUGUUACUGUGGAACCUGUAAUCCUGACCAUCAUGCUUGCCCAGGUUUUGGAAACAACCUUGUUGCCUCAAUAUUUGUGGGACCGUGUAUCCGAGGAUGUUGGCUACAACAGCUCCCACAGGUCAGAUUGCAACAGCUCUCUGCCCAUUGACCCAUUACAGAAAAAGGUACAGAUCUUAACCUCCCGCUGGAAUAUGUACAUCAAUGUGUGGGGAUUUUUUCUGUCUAUACUGGUGGUGCCAUUCCUAGGCUCCUGGAGUGACAAGGCCGGGCGCAGGCCGCUCCUCAUCAUCUCUAGCAUGGGACUGGCUCUAGAGACAGUAGUGUCCCUGGUGGUUAUGUACAGGGGGUUAAAUUUGGAGUAUUUUUUACUGGGCAAAAUGAUCAGUGGCAUUUCUGGUGAAUACAGCUCCAUCUUGGGCAGUAGCUAUGCAUACAUAGCGGAUAUAAGUGACAAAAAAAAACGCACCAUCAGAGUUGCUAUCUUGCAAGCUUGUUAUGGAUUCUCUGGGAUACUGGCCGGCAUUAUUGGAGGCAUCUGGAAGCAGACACAGGGGUACAUCGCCCCAUUUUGGCUGGUCCUGGCUGUGAGACUGGCUUCGGCUCUCUACAGUUACUUGUUUGUUUGUGAAUCUGUGCCAGUAGACCCCUCUGUAAGGCUCUUCAGCACCAGCCAUCACAAAGCACUCUGGAAGCUGUACUCCACUGGGGGGAGUCAAAGCACUGGCUGCUUUCACAAAUACAAACUGUGGCUUUAUACAUUUUGCUUCUUUAUUGUGGUAGGUGUUCACUCUGGCUGUAAAGAACUUUAUGUUUUGUUUGAAUUGGGCUCUCCAUUGUGCUGGGGGUCAGAGCUCAUUGGCUAUGGAUCAGCAGCUCUACAUCUGGCCUUCCUAAGCAGUCCACUGUGGCUGAAGAUCAUGACACGUUGCCUGGAGGACUCCUGGGUGGCUCUGGUGGGGCUGAUCUCUAACAUAGCUGGCUUGUUGGUCUUCUCUGCUGCAAACACCACACCGCUAAUAUUCACAGCGUAUGGUAUAUUGCUCUUCAAUAUUACACCGAUUGCUGUGAUUAGGUCUAAGCUCUCCAAGUUGGUGGAUUCAUCAGAACAAGGGACACUAUUUGCUUGCAUGGCUUGUAUGGAUAGUAUGAGUCAUCUGGCAGGAAGCGCUGUCUUCAACUCCCUCUUCUCUGCGACUUUGUACUUUAUGAAGGGAUUUUCUUUCAUUUUUGCGGCCAUCUUACUGUUGAUUCCUUCUGUUAUAAUCAGCACUGUGGAGUGUUUGGAUAAAAAAACAACCUGGUCAAAUAGAAAUACUGUAGAUUGA